UCGACUUCUCCGGGGAGCAGAGCAAAAGAGGAAUCAGCAAGCUGAAUUCAACGCUGAUAUUCCGCGAUCUCAAAGCGAUGCGUAGCUUCUUGAUUUUCUUUUGAGUAUGGUCGGAUAGAAAACAGAGAAAUUCCAUAGCUCUCUCUCUCUGUGCUCGACUCGGAAUCUGAACGCAUGACUCUAUCCAUAAUGUUUUCGAAUAUGAUUCUCCUCUCUUUCCCACUUCAAUCUGAGACCCUCCAUUUCCAAAAGCCAAGAUUCUCUCUCUCUCUCAAGCAACAGAAGAUAUUGGACCCUAGCUGAUCUGCGGAAGGACUAUUAAAGUGGGUAAUCUUGAUCAUCAUCAUCUUCGCUUUGUUGUUCACUUCGUUUUGUGUUUCUUCCACUUUGAAGGGUGAAUAGGAAAGAAAGUCUUUUGGGUUGGGGAGAGAGAGAGAGAGAGAGAGAUGCAAACAUCUUCCCUGAACUCCAUAAUCGAUCAGCUUCUUAGUGUGAGAGGCAAGCCAGGGAAGCAAGUUCAGCUCUCCGAAGAAGAAAUCAAGCAGCUCUGUUGCGUGUCCAGAGACGUCUUCUUGAGCCAGCCCAAUCUCUUGGAGCUUGAAGCACCCAUCAAAGUUUGUGGAGAUAUCCAUGGCCAGUAUAGUGAUCUCUUAAGGAUUUUUGAGUUCAGUGGAUUCCCACCUCGUUCAAACUACUUAUUCCUGGGAGACUAUGUUGAUCGUGGAAAGCAAAGCCUGGAAACAAUUUGCCUUCUCCUUGCAUACAAAAUCAAGUACCCUCAAAACUUCUUCCUCUUGAGAGGCAACCAUGAAUGUGCAUCUGUGAACCGCAUUUAUGGAUUUUACGAUGAGUGUAAACGGAGAUUCAAUGUAAGGCUCUGGAAGACAUUCACCGAUUCUUUCAACUGCCUCCCUGUGGCAGCUCUCAUUGAUGAUAAGAUACUGUGCAUGCACGGUGGACUCUCUCCUGAUCUCAACAAUUUGAAUCUGAUCAGAAGGUUACCACGACCCACCGAUAUUCCAGAGAAGGGUUUGCUAUGCGAUCUUCUCUGGUCUGAUCCUAGUAAGGACAUUCGAGGGUGGGGUCCAAAUGACAGGGGAGUUUCCUAUACAUUUGGUCCUGACAGAGUGACAGAUUUUCUCAAGAGGCAGGAUCUUGACUUGAUUUGCCGUGCUCACCAGGUUGUUGAAGAUGGGUUUGAGUUUUUCUCCAACAAGCAACUCGUGACUAUAUUUUCCGCACCUAAUUAUUGUGGGGAGUUUGACAAUGCUGGUGCUGUGAUGACUAUUGAUGAGAACCUUAUGUGCUCUUUUCAAAUAUUGAGUCCUGCUAAUAAGAAGCAGAAAUCAAGCAUCGGAAGCACUGCAACAGCUAAGCCUGCUGCGUUUCCAAAUAAAGUCAAGUCAUUUCUCGGAGCAAAGGCAUGAGUAACCGCUGGCCGUUCAAUAAUGGAAGAUAUGGAGAAUCAUUCGAAGUCUCCGGAUCAUGGAACUUCAUUUCAGUUGGAGGGAAAGGCUAUAACUUUGAUUUUGUGUUUAGUUCUUCCGCUUAGAAUCUCGAAAGGUUUCUCCUGACGAGGGGUUUGGGAGAAGGGGGUGGGGGGUUGGUUUAUCUUGUUCUACAAUGCAGAAAAAAAGUGAGUGAAUGGUCGAGGAUGGCUAAUUACAGAGCAAUUAUACUUCCUAAGGUUGUUCAAAGAUUAUGAAAUCGUGUUGUUGAACUGCCACUCCCUUUCGCUUGUUGAGAAAGAAUGACAUCCUCUAUUUUUAUCUGGACCA